GGGGGGGGAUGGCCCUCGACCGGCAGCCGUCGCGGGGGGUUCGAAGGUGGUGGCGGCGGCGGCGGUGCCUUGUCGUCGUCCGACUCUUCUUCUUCUUCGCGGUGGUUGGUGUCGGACUCGUCAAAGGCCGCCGCAAUCAGCGCUUCUUUGCAUGGAAACGGGGGCCGAGGGUACGCCGACAGAGCCGGGUCUUCGUCAGCGGGUUGGUUCGAGGCGGCGGAUGGGGUGGGGGUAGCGUACACGACGGCAAAGGACGGUACUUCCUUCUGUGGACCAGGAACGAACGGCGUUCUCUCCCCCACCAAUGGAGUAGGGGUGACCAACAUUCCUCCUUGGUCGUGAUUGGAGGGAACACUCGGACUGUUGCCAGAGUCGUCGUCGUCGGACCUGCCAGAGAGGCCCAUGUCAUCUUCACUUACGUACCCGUCCGACGACAGGUCGCCCUCUAGUUCGGCCGAUGAGGUCGGGAGUGUUGUGAUGCGCUUGCGUCGCCGUGGGCGCCCAUCUGCAGCCGUCCCGCCCUCCGCCGCCUCAUCUAGACGCAACGUAACCGGCGGCUCCAACGGAUGGCAGUAGCUCUUUGGUGCAGUGACCAAUGGAACCAGAUCGGACGAUGGGACGACGACUUCGUCGGUUGAGGGGUUGUUGCUUGGUGAGUUAUUUCCUUCAGUGGUGUUGGUUGGCGGGUACCUGGCCUGCCCAUCUGACCGAUCAACGAGGGGGGCUUCUUCCGUGGUGGUUGGAGCUGCUGCCGCGGUUUCUGGCGGGCCGCCACUGCUGCUGUUAGGUUCGCACGACAUGUCGACAUCUGCGACGACGUCCGUGCUAGGUUCAACAUGGGCGGAGGUCACGACUGGAGCUGAUGAGUCUCCUUGUACGGCUGAUUGGGUGGCUUUGAUCGGUGACGAGAGCGCCGGCUCGUCUGCGCCACUCAAAAUCGACCCAACGGCGCCAUCUUCCCCACUCAUUUCGACGAGGGCUGCAUCGUAGUCGUUGCUACUACUACUUGGUUGAGCAGCUCCAAGCUCCUCCUUGUUAUCCGUCGCCCGCCGUUGAUCUGAAGACUCGUCAGGCAGGGAAAGAACGAGUUCCGGCGUGAGGGGAAGGCCACCGACGCCAUGGACGUCCGACUCUAGCGGUUGAUCUCGCGGGAUGGCAGCGUCUGGCGCCGACGACAAGGCCUCCCAGUGGUCGGAAUCUGUCGAUUUUACUCCGCCUUUGCUGGCGCCUGUACUACUACUCUCCACAGACCCGUCCAUCCCCCCGAUGGCGGCGGCGUCCCCGUCAUCAGUCGGCCCUUGCUCGCGUAAUGGAGUGGUGGUUGCCGGAUGCUUGAGUGGUGAUCCAGUCGGCACCGACGCGGCGGCAGGCAAAGUUGGAACGGUUUGGCUUUCGAUCUGCAGCGUCGCGGGAAGUGUGUCCUCCCCCGCUGGACCCCCCCCGUCCGUCGAGUCGUCCUUGUCGGUGAUAGUGCCCAAUAACGCAAGGUCCAAUGUACUGACAAUGUCGUCGUCUUCAUCUUGUUCCGCAAGUUGCUGUAGAAUCAACGAGGACGUGUCGUCCACUGAUGGACCAGCAACGGAUGCACCCUCCCCAACCCCCUCUACUUCCCCUUGUUCAACGGCCUUGUCGUCUGCUACGGCGUCUGUUAUUGGGGUGGCCAUCGACGGAAGCAGCUCGGCCAACGAGUUGAGAGCUACGACGUUCCCCGAGGCGUCCGACUGGUCCGAUUCAUCCAGCCGCACCACCGCCGCCGCCGCCUUCUUCGUGUCCGGUUCCGUCAAGUCCACCGUCACAACUUUGGAAGCGAGCAGCCGCCGCCGCCGCCGCCGCCUCGCGCCGGGCGUGAGCUCAGGCGACGAUCCACUCUUGGGUUGUUUCGUCACCAUGACCACCACGGCGUCGUUGUCACUGGAAGACGAUGAUGACGAAAUGUGCAGCGGAUGACGCGGGUCGAGUGCGUCGUCAUCAUCGCUGUCAAUGACAAUUUCCACGGGGGGAUUAUAUAGAUGACGACGA